GCAUCGUUGCCACCCAUUUCUUCCUGUUAUAAAAAGUGUUCAACGCCAUUUUGCUUUGUGUGCAGUGACAAUUUUCAGUGUUGAAAAGUAGCGUCUUAUAGAUAAUUAUCGUUUUUGUUUUAAUUUUAUUUCUCCAAAACGUCGAACUCAUACAAAAUGGUGUCGUCCAACCCACCGAGGAAGACAAAAAUCUUCGUUGGACGACUACCAGAAAACUGCCGGAAUGACGAACUUCGUCAACUUUUCACUCGAUUUGGAGACGUAACCGAGUGCGAUGUAAUGAACCGUUAUGGUUUUGUACAUAUGGCUCGCGAGGAAGAUGCGGCAGCUGCAAUCAAAGCACUACACAACACAAACUUCAAAGGUGCCACGAUCAAUGUUGAGCAGUCCACGGGUAAAUCAAGAGGCGGUGGUGGCGGCGGUGGCGGAAGACGAGACGAUCGCCGUGGCGGUCCAAUGAGAGGAGGCCGAGGAGGUCGUGAUGGAGGACGAGAUAGUCGGCCCGGUCCGUAUAACGACAGGAGAGGAGGUGGAGGCGGCGGUGGUUAUCAGGACUAUAAUCGUGGUGGAGGGGAUUUCAGUGGUCGCAAUGAUUUUAAUCAAGGUUAUGGAGAUCGUGGGGGUUAUGGUCAGAAUGUUGGUGGGGGACAGCCAAUGGGGGGUUACACAUCGGCUGCACCAAUGGGCGGCGGUUAUGGGCCAUCUGGUGGCGCUGUUGGCGCUUACGGUCCACAAGGAACUGCAGACUAUGGACGACAAGACUACGGAAGGGCAGACUUUGGUCAAAGGAAUGACUACGGCAAUCACGGAGGCAUGUGCGACUAUUCGGUAGUCGGUGGUGGAAUGGGUAGUGAUUUCAAUAGAGGCCAACCUGGUCCAGUAGAGUAUGGACGCGUUGACAAUUUUGGAGGUGGCCGCCCAGUAGAUUAUGCGCCUAGAAACGAUUACGAUCGCAGUGGAGCAGGACCAAUGAGAAACGGAAGUGGCGCAGUCGCUGCUAGUGGUUACGGCACUGGCUACGGCGACGUUGGUUACGAUUCGAAUUUCCAGCAAAUGAGUGGAGGUCCGAGUUACAACACUGGCCCAAGUUAUAACACUGGACCUGGACCACAAGCAGAUAUGUUCAGCAGAAGAGCUGGAGGAGCCGUCCAAGGUGGUGGUUAUCAAGUUAGUGGAGGAUACGGCGAAGCUUACGACAGGCCUGAUCCCUAUGGACCUCCACGUGGAAAUGGCCGCUUCCCAGGUCCGGCAGACGGGAUGCCUCCGAGGUACUAAAAAGUAUUAAGUACCAAAACUUAGAAAAGCGAACACUCAAAUGAAAAAAAAGUGCGCCGAUUUCUGUACACACAAAAUCACAACCGCAACUGAUUAUUUGACAAGAAAAAUCAUUUGAAUAGACACUAAUUUAUAUGUCUUUUUUAAAAAAAAUGUUAAGAAGUAAAUUCUUAAGGUUUCUCUUUUUUUUUAAUUCAAGUUGCAUUUGAAUAUUAUUAGUUUCAUUAUGCAGCAAUUUAAUAGUAAAAACAAUUUUUUUCAUAAUUGUACAAUUCAUAAAGAAUUAUAAUUUUUACAAUUUGCAAUA